GGUCGCGAAUUCGUGGAUGUGCGUGUGUGCGUCUUCUUUGUCACUUGAAAAAGAAAAGGUAAAAGUAGUGAGCACUUGUAUGUAAUACAUGGAAAUGACAGGGGUUGGGCUGCUAAAUGUCCCAUGUUCCAUAUGCCUGUUUUCGACAAAAAGAGUGGCCAUGUCCGGACGCACAGGCACUGUGCUAUACCCCCCUUACUUACUCGAAUCAAACAAAACAAGAAUCCAGUGAGACACACCAGGGGACAGAGAAACGUGCCCACAAUUACUAGUUCCCUGCUAUCUAGCUUGCUUGCUAUCUCAGCUCCCAGACGAUCGAUCGAGCGAUCGAGCUAGCUAGUGUCUGCAUAUAGACUGAUAGCGAGUGGGAUAAGCUGGACAGCGAGGGAAGAGAAUGCAACGAGAUCACCGGAGGAGCUCGCCGCCGGCGGCCGCCUCCAGCAGCGAGAGGUCGUCGGACUCCGCCCCAAACACCGACGACGGCAAGGAAGGGGUGGAUAGCGACGACGAGGAGAUAGUAGGGAGGGUGCCGGAGUUCGGGCUGGCGCUGCCGGGGACGUCGACGUCGGGCAGAGGUAGUGUUCGGGUUGCAGGUGACGCGGCGGCGACGGCGGCCGGGACGUCGUCGUCGUCGCCCGCGGCGCAGGCCGGCGUCGCCGGCAGCAGCAGCAGCGGGCGCCGCCGCGGACGCAGCCCCGCCGACAAGGAGCACCGGCGCCUCAAAAGAUUGCUGAGGAACCGGGUGUCAGCGCAGCAGGCUCGGGAGAGGAAGAAGGCGUACAUGAGUGAGCUGGAGGCGAGGGUGAAGGACCUGGAGAGGAGCAACUCAGAGCUGGAGGAGAGGCUCUCUACCCUGCAAAACGAGAACCAGAUGCUUAGGCAGGUGCUGAAGAACACAACAGCAAACAGAAGAGGGCCAGACAGCAGUGCCGGCGGAGACAGCUAGUAACCGCAAUCUGUAGUCUGGAAUCUGGAGUUCGAUUAAUUUUGUUAGCUUGGCUAGCUCCAUUUGGCAGAGUCACAACUAAGACUCAAAGGGAAGCUGCUCCCUUUUGAUUGAUUUGUAGUUUCUUAGAUAAAAUUAAUUACUACAUUAAAUACAACCAUUCUUGGCUAUGCACCUGAAUAAGUACUCGUUAGUGCUAGCCAGAUCGAGACAAAUGAACUUACCUAUUUAUGCCUUCUCGAAUCAACUCUGGAAGGCAUAUAAUUGUUUCCAUGUCUACCUCCUAUUGGCGGAUUGGCCGAGCCCUGCAAAAGUGUAAUAAAUGUAUGUAAUUCCGCCAUUCCGGCCGUCAAAUGGUGCGCACAAACGUCUACUGUUGAAGAUGACAGUGUCAGUACGGUAUAUUGUUGAAGAACAGUAGCCGGUAUUCAGUAGGAAUGUGAUUAUGUGAGUGUAAUGCAUGAUGGAAAUGCAACUUCUUUCAGAGCUCGCAUGAUCGCAUCGGAUUUAAUUUUCUAUGUUUCCCUAUAUGAUUUGUAUUUACCUGUAAGAGAUCGAAGAUUAAGCACCGGAUUGUUCCGCUUGUAAGUCGAUCAGGUUUGUCCCUGCACAAACACCGGUAAGAAAUAAGAAUACCAUUCUGUCUAA